AUGCGAGCAGUUCUCCAAAGAGUCUUAAACGCAAGCGUAUUAGUCGAUGGCUGCCAAGUCUCCUCAAUUAAUCAAGGCCUUUGUAUACUCUUGGGUAUCGCUCAAGAUGAUACAUCAGAUGAUUUGGAUUACAUGGUGAGGAAGAUUCUCAACGUCAAGGUAUUCAACAACGAAGCGGGAGAUAAUAUGUGGGCAAGAAGUGUCAAGGAUGCCGGACUCGAAAUACUGUGCGUAUCUCAGUUUACUUUGUACGGGAGCGUAGAAAAAAAUAAACCCGCUUUCCAUCGAGCCAUGAAGAACGCACAGGCAAAAGACACUUAUGAAACAUUUCUUGAGCGAUUAAAACAAGCAUAUGUUCCCGAACGGAUAAAAGAAAAACGGUUAGCAAACCAUUAUUUGAUAAUUGACAAAACGGGUUUCUAUAAAGUGUUUGGUGAUUGCAACUAUCUAACAUAUCCUAUACCAAACUCAAUUUGUGUAGAUGGCGUCUUUGGAGCAAUGAUGGUCGUGAACAUUGCUAACGAUGGUCCAGUUACGCUUGAAUUAGAUUCUCGUAAAUUUACAUACAUCGACAAACCAUCUACCAAAGGUGGUAGUGAAUCAUCAACUUCCUCUUCUGUGGCUAAGAGGGAUAAGAAGAGCAAAGCUGACGAUAAUCAGAAUAGUUCUGCUCAGACGUAA